AUUUAUGAGUUCGAGAGUUCGGGGAGGUAUUGUAGGCCGCUUGUAUUCCUACCUCCCUUGUCGCUUACGGGAACUCAUUCGAAAUUGUCAAUUUCGCCAAGUUGCAUCUCGCCGUUUCGUUAAUGAACAAACGCUGCCGCUCCAUGAAACAUCUUUCCGCCAGAACGACUUUUCCCCCCAAAGCUUUCUAAAGAUCUCGAUGGGGAUCAGUGCGACGCUCGGGCGCACAUCAAUGCGCGCGCAGAGGCACACGCGGCGUAUUUUCCAUAGCGAAAAUCACUUUGCAUGUUCUCGAUCGUAAUCAAAUCCUCUCGAGACCAGCCGAGUUAUUAAUCGUCAUUAGCAGCGACCUUUCGUUCCUCUCCGCUUUCGCCGAGGGCAGGGGAAAUUUCAACCAGGGCUCUUCUCCGCUACUAUGUGCCGGAAGUUCAGCUCGCGUUUGUUACACUCCUCUUGAUCGGACGUAGCUAUCGAUUCGGUUCUGACCGAAGAAAAAUGGUGGCCACUCUGCGUCCCUCUCCGGAGAUUGACUCCCCGAUCACAAAGCGCGAGAGUAUUCUUCCCUUUCACUUUUUCGCUUCUUCCUCCCCACGUCCAUCAUGGCCUUUCCCCUCCUCCCCCCCCCUCCCUCCGGGGAAAUGGGAGCCGCAAUUAGUUGGAAUUUUCAACGUGACACUCACGUUGAUGGCCACGUCACCGGUCGUUUUGGUGCUACGCUCGCUAAUUGAAGCGGUGGAAUGAAAAAACUCGCAUUCCUCGCUGGAAAAAGUCACCGUAUGCACAUCGAUUGCUCCUGGACGAUAGCGUAGCGAACCCGCGACCACAUGCAAGAGAGAUCCGCCUCUCGGUAUUUCGCGAGCUGAUGACCUCGCAGGCAGUCGCGCGCUCACCUCCGCAUCGAUUCGAUCGAAGCACCGCAGUCUCCCUUCGACAACGCUGAAGGGUCAACGCGUGCGGUGGUGGUGGUGGAUCAGCGAAAAAUGCGAUAGGAACGGAGGGAUACCACCGCGCGAAAGAACGAGGAAGAAAACGGGUGGGUUUAUCGUCCGAUGAGAGAGCAUCAUGUGUUCGAUCGUACCGGUCUGGCGGCGAAGAGUUGCCCUCCUCGGCACGAUGUUGCUGCUGCUGUUGUCUUGGGGAAUAGGCGCAGCGGAAGGCUGCCCAACUAUGUGCGCGUGUAAAUGGAAGGGCGGCAAAGAAUGGGUGGAGUGCGCGAACCGCGGCCUCAAGGGAUUGCCACAGGGCGCGCGAGAGGAAACGCAAGUGCUCGACCUGUCGGGUAAUCAUCUGGUCAACCUGCCAACGGAAUGCUUUCGCGCCCUCGGUUUGAUUAACCUCCAGCGGCUCUACCUGGGAAAAUCACAAAUCAGUCGCAUCGCUUCUGAAGCAUUCGCCGGACUGGUUGGCCUGGUGGAGCUCGAUCUGUCGGAGAACAAGAUCGAAGAAGUGCCCACGGACACAUUUGCAUCUUAUCCAAGUUUGAUGAGGCUUAUACUUAACGGGAAUCCGAUUAGAGAGAUCCGUCAAGGCGCGUUUCUCCGUCUGGUGCACCUGACCAACUUAGAGAUUAGCAGGUGCGCGAUAGAGGUCAUCGAGCAAGGCGCUUUUGAAGGCUUACAGUCAUUGGAGUGGCUUCGAUUGGACGGCAAUCAAUUUUCCUACGUGCCCGAUCACACUUUGCCUCUGGGAGGAAAUCUUAGGGGAUUGACUCUUCACAAUAAUCCGUGGCAAUGCAACUGUAGGUUGAGAAUAAUGCAGGCCUGGCUGAAGGAAUCGGCUCCGGCGGCUCCGCAAGAGUCUGAACCCGUUUGCGAUUCCCCGGCGAGACUGCACGGCAAACAAAUCAAGAGUCUCAAGGUCAACGAAUUAGCCUGCCUACCGCGUAUCGAUCUCCAGGAUCAUUUGGAAAUCUACGAGGGCGGGAAUGUCACUCUGAGAUGCGACGUUCACGCGGUACCGACUGCCAAGAUCACCUGGUGGUUCAACGGAGAACCCUGCGAGCUGCAGCAUGAAAAUAAUUCCCUGACCAGCGGUAUUUCUACAUUUCCAAGAUAUAUAUAUCGGCAACGUGGCGGGACCAACAUGAGCAGCACGCUAUUUCUCUACUCGGUCGAAUCGCUCGACGAGGGCAUGUACAGCUGCAUCGCGGAGAACAGCGCGGGUUCCGCGGUAGCAAAUCUCUCUCUCCGCGUACUCUUCCGCGAGAAAUCCACCGUGGAGCCGCCCUCCGAUAAUCCCGGUUCCGGCUACAUGGCCGCGAUUGUCGCGGGCGCUCUGGUGGGCACUCUCUUGGCGCUGAGCUGCCUGGUGGGCAGCGUGAUAUACUGCGCGAGGAAACGACGUCGCGACCGAAAGCGCAAUUCGAAGGCAUUGGUGACGCAGAGCAAGUCGGUACUGCCAAUCACAAAGGAUACUACCAGCGGCUCCUGCCGGAAGGGCAACGGUAGCCUGAUCGGUAGCCUCGAGCACCAGCAGAUGGUCUCGUACACCGAGCGUGAGAUAAAUCGUGCGGCCACUCUGGAGCGCCGGGAACAUACCAGGAAUAAUCAUCUAGAUCGGGACGCGUAUCCAGUGGCAAGUCCCGUCGCUAAGUACCUUACCGAACCAGAUCUAAUCAACGAGGUACCCGAGAGCACCGAGGUGGGCUACGGUCAGCUGUACGGCCGACAUCAUCAGCGUGCUGGUGGCGCCGACCGGCAGAUUUUAGAAUACGACUCGGGCUAUCCGCUGCAGCCCGAUUUGCGGCCGCCGCCGGUUCUGCCGCAGCUGAGCUACCUGGAUCAAGAUGGCUAUCCGCUCAAUUUCGGCCUGCCUAAGAUCACUUUCAGCACCGCCAGUACUUUGCCCAGGCUCCGGCAACGUAUGACGGAGCCGGGCUCAGCCGCCGCGCCGGCGGCCAGAUACUCGCGCGAGGCGGAGUUUCUCGCGAGAUCACCGGGAUACGAUCCGAUUCUACCGCGUACCGACGCCAGGUACACCGCCGAAGGUUAUCCUUAUCCGAUACAUCAGCAUCAGCAUCAGCAUCAGCAUCAACUUCAGCAGCAACAACAGCAACCGCAGCCGCAGGCGAUACAAUCGCCGCCGUCAAUUCAACCAGUCGAGCAACCAAUUCAGCAACAACUGCCUAUUCAAUCGCCAAUCUCGCCGGUUGCUGUCUUCCCGGAAGUACCAUUUAUACCAUCACCCCCCGCGGCUUACAGAGGCGAAACCACACCGCUGUCACCGCGAUCCCUCCUCGGCAAGACCGCUCGCGAGGCCGCGGCCGCGGCUGCUGCGAGAGCGGAGGAGCUUCAACCGCCGAAUCACCCGGAGAGUCCCGACGAAGGCUACGUGGGAGACGCUAUGGAUGUCUGAAAGAAUCCGAAUCGGUAACGAUGAGAGGAUUAAUCAAGUCUGAGAACCGCAGAAAACAUCCUGGAUUUACCGUGAAUAAGAUCGCCGUAUCGUUCGCUUCUCGCGAGUCUAUUCGGCCUUUAUUUAUUGCGGACUCACUUGAAAAAAGUUUCUUUGCCGAAAAUGCUAAAAAUUUCUGAAGGAAAUGUUUCAAUGAUAGAGUGCACAUGAAGUAU